AUGGCUGCCUUGUUCUAUUUUCUUUUUCUCCUCCUUAUUUUCCUUCCCCAAUGCAGCUGCAGUACUACUUCAGAUCGUUGGGGUGAAUUCUGCAACAAAGAAAAGAACAUAACAAGUAGUCUUCAAUCAGCAAACAUCCAUCAAGUAUUGUCCGAAUUAGCAUCCAAAACAGCAGCCUCCGAUGGCUUCAUCACUACUUCCUCCGGCACCGGCAAAGACAAAAUCUAUGGCUUAGCCCAGUGCAGAGGAGAUGUUAGCAAAGAAGAUUGCUCACAGUGCACCAAAGAUGCAACAAAACAACUCCCACAACUUUGUCCAAACCAAUCUGAUGCAAGAAUUUGGUUCGAGUACUGCUUCUUACGUUAUGAUAUUCACAAUUUCAUAGGAGAAGUUGAUACAUCUUUCAGUAUAAUCUACUAUAAUGUUCAGAAUGUUACAGACCCGGACCCCGAAACGUUCGACAAAGAUCUAGGAGCUCUAAUGGAUCAAGUGAAAGCUGAGGCCUUGGAUCUUAAGAAUAAAGGACUUGGUAAAGGUGAGAGUAAGUUGACACCUUACGUAACAUUAUAUGCUUUGGUUCAAUGCAAUAGAGACCUUUCUCAGUUAUCAUGUGCACAGUGUUUGGCUAUAGCUAUUGAGAAUUUAGGUGGAGUUUAUUGCCGGCUCCGGAAGGGCUGUCGAGUUCUGUAUAGUAGUUGUUAUGUCCGGUAUGAGCUCUAUCCGUUCUUCUAUCCUCUUUCUUUGACCAACAAUGUAAACAAGGGUUCUUUAAGGGUAACAACCAUGUAUGGUCCAUAG